UCUCCUUGUGAGCACUCACACACUCACUGGAGGACAAGGACAGCCCAUAAGCAGCUGCAGCACAUCAGCCUCACAGAGUUUGGAGUGUUCUUUUGUUUUGUUGUUACCUGAAAGUGGCCCUUAUCCAAAACCACCAUGAAAGCCACCAUAUUCUUCAUUGUCUUGACUGCUGUGGCUCGUUCAAGAGGCCAGUACCACUAUCAGGGUCUAAUGAACUACUUGGAAAACAGGAUGCUCGCUAUGGAGGAACGCAUUGCAUUGUGGCAUGAACAGAAUAACCGCUACAACUCCGACCUAAAGGAAUUCAGGCAGCAGGCUGCAGACCUGUUGGAGAAGUUGGGCAAGGAGCAUGAUAAACUGCGUUCAGACAUGGAGGGCGCAGGAGCACGGGCAGACCGCGUGGAGCGUGAGAUGGACUACAUUGAAACCAAGAAUCCCCCUAACCCUUGUGUGAAAGCAGCAGACAAAAUGGUGGAACAGGACGUGGUUGUCAAAGAGAGGAAGAAGGAAGAGUUCUUUGAGUUGUCUGUGUGCGUGAACAUUGUAUCCAGUCUAAAAGCAAUGAAGAUCCUUAAGAGACUGGGAAGCCCAAAAGGUGUCUGGACCAAAGAUGCCAGGUCAGCAAAAGUCUACGUCUUCAACGGCACGUCCGACAACACACUGUACGAGUUCAACUCCGUGCGAGAGCUCUCAGCAUCAUCAGGUCUAUCUAAAGGCAAGCAGAUCACUGUGCCCACCGCUUGGAAUGGGACCGGUCAUGCAGUCUAUGAUGGGUUUCUCUAUUACGUCAGUGAAAGUUCAGAGCUCCAAGUUAUCAAGUAUGACCUCAAGAACGGUUCGGUUGCAGACAACGCAGUUCUUCCCAUGGACGAUCGCAGCCCAGUUUACCAGCUCAAUCCAGAGACGCUGGUGGACCUGGUUGCGGAUGAGGAUGGGCUAUGGGCGCUGUAUCCGGCUGGAGACACUAUUAAUCUUGCUAAGAUGGAUAUAGAUUCACUGGAUACAGAGCAGAUGUGGGACACAGCAUGUCCAAGAAACAACGCUGAAGCUGCUUUUAUUGUCUGCGGAACGGUCUAUGUGGUUUACAACACCAAGCCACCGAGCCGUUCACGCGUGCAGUGUGUGUUUGAUGUGAAUGACAUGGUAAGCAGCGGAGAGGCCCCUUUGAUUUAUUUCCCCAGGCGCUACGGGGCCCAUGCCAGCCUCAAAUACAGUCCUGAGGAGCGGCAGCUCUAUGCCUGGGAUGAUGGGUACCAGAUUCUGUAUAAACUAGCGCUGAAGAAGAAGUUAUGGGCGAUUAUGCCACCACCUGAGGAAUAGUGGCUCUUUUUUAGCUCUUAAAGGUCUGUAUGUUCCUGGCUACAAAUGACAAGUUUGUGAUUUUCCUAAAGGGAUAGUUACUGAAAAUGAAAAUCCUGCCAUUAUUUACUCACCUUCAUGUUGUCAAGUCUGUAUGGAUUCAUUUCUUCUAAGGCUUUUUUUGUGCUUCAAAAAGGACACAAUUAAUGUUUUUCUUCUGAUUCAGAACUUUUAAAUGAAUUGGUUGAUCCAGUUCACAAAACCGGUCUGAAUGAUUUGUUCAUGAUUGAACCUGGUCAAGUCACUGAUUCAAUGAUUCAGUUGCAGCAGUUGACUGCUCACUGAAGGGAAAGAUUGUCUGUUUAUUUUAAACAACUUUAAUUUGGCUCUUUUUCUCACACAAGCUAUAAUAUGACUUUUAAUAAAACAUGAAUCUGAAGGAAACAAAUGAAUAAAAUAUAUGAAUAAAAUAUGAAAACAUGUAUGUUAGUUUUACCUGUAAUUUUAUGCUUUAAUUUGAAUCCUGCUCUUUUUCUGCAGUACAGAAUUGAUUUUAAAUAACUUAAAUGUAGGUCUGUUUCUCACAUAAAACUAUUCAGAAGACAGAAGACUUGUAAUAUAAUCUCUUUUAUAGUACUAUACAAUACAACCACAUUUAUUAUGGUUUUGUUUCCUUGCUCCCGUCCAUUGUUAUUAAAUGAUCAACAGUAUUCGGCAAACUAAUUAAAUAAAUGAAAUAAAGUCAUACAGGUUUUGGAACAACUUGAGGGUGAGUAAAUGAUGAUAAAAUUAAAUUUUUUGGGGUGAACUAAUCCUUUACCUUUAAGAAUACACAGAUAUAUUGCUUUUGUUGCACAUAUUAAAAUAUGAGACAAUAAUUCGUCUCAAUAACUGACUGAUCAAUGCUAACACACUUUUUGGGAUUGGAUAUUCACAAGACUGAAAAGAAGCAACUCUAUCCUUGAAAUGGCUGAACCAACAUUUUAUUUUGGCAUUUUUGAAAUACAAGAACCUUUCAAACAUUACAAGUUAUAUUGCAAGUACAAAUGAUCAAUACAAAAUUAGAAAGUUUUUCAGAUUCACAAGGGGGCAAAAACAGGUUGUUAAAACACCAGCACACAAGAGUAAGUGAGGUAAAGAACCAGAUCUAAACCUUAUUAACUUUACAUUCACCUACAGAAACGCUUUAUGCUAUCUGAGUAUUACAACAUUGUGAUAUUGUAAAAACAGGACCAAAAAGUUGUACUUUGUCACAACCAUUUCUUCAACAAGUUGACUUGGAAUUUUUAAAGAUUCGGUUAAAAUAUUAAAUCUAUUUUACUAUAUAGAAAUAUUUAAAGCUUAACAGAUACCCUAUGAGAUGAUGGAGGACAUUAUGUAAAACUAGCCCCAAGUGCCAUGUAUAUUUUAAGAUAUUUCAGCAACACCAAAUGGAGAUCAGUGUAAAGUCAUUGCUCUGGUAUCUUGAGCUGUGCCCACCAUCUGUGACAAUGAACUUCCUGCAAAGUAGGUUGUCUCUAUCAAGGGUCAUCUCCUGUGCAUUUGUACAUGCAUUGAAUUUUCUCUCUUUUUUUAUUUGAAACAUAUGUCCAGGACUUUGAAGGGAAGGACUUUGGCAUUCGUUUCCAGCAUCUGCAGUACGUUUUAUUAUUUAUUGUUUAUUUUUUUAAUGACAGGAGAAAUAUUAACUACAGUAAUCAUAAUUUAGCAGGGGUUCUCUGUUAAAUUGAAAUUCCAAGUUAAACUGUGUUUAUGAAUGAAUAACCAUGUAAUACAAAAAGAUAGAAACCACAGGGAUAAACAAAAUAUUGCGGGCAAUGAAAGUCUUGAAUUUUGUUAAAUCAUUUAUGACAUUAAAAUUCAAAGAGUAAUAUUAUUAUUUUGAUUGCUCUGUUUAGCUUUGUUGGAUAUUACAACAAUUAUUCUUGGGUAAAAUGGCAUUACUUUUUUUAUUUAAAGAAACUGAUCAGUUGACAGUUAUACAUUAAAUUGCACUGUUAUACAGAUAAUUAAUUCCCUAUUUAAUUCAUAUUAUUUC